AUGGAGAUCCCGCGAAGCGUCCUUCAGCGAAUGCCUUCAGACUUGUUGGACAUCGUUCACAAGCAUAAUCGCAUGGCUGAUGUUCCCAUUCAUGAACGAGAUCCUGCCAAUAUUGAGACCGAGGUAAUCCCAGCAGGACCUUUUGAGAUGAAAGUGUACUUCCCUCCUAUUCGGCGGGAGAAAACCGUGGUCUUUGUCCAUUUUCCCGGAGGCAAGUCCGAGAAGCUGCUUCAUCGCAACAUCAUUAACUUUAACAGAGGUGCAGCUCUCGCUUUCGGUGUAGCAGCUGUCGCUGCUCUCAACGGACAACCAGUCCUCGGAAUAAUCGCCGUAGUUCCUGUCGUGCAGACGCAUCCUAAUCAUGACAAACCAUGGGGUGAAAAUGAGUGCACUCCUGGGCUGACACCUGAAAGGCUACUUAACGACUUGGAAAUGGCGUUCAACGGGGUCGAAGCUAACUUUCGUGAUCAUUGGCAUAGUGACCCUUGGAAGAUGCCAGAUGAGGUCCUCCGAAAACUGCCGAGAAUCAUCAUGGUGUCUGCAAAAUUUGACAUUUUGCAUGACUCUCAGGUAGAGUUCAGGAAUCGUAUAGAUGCCCUGGGUAUGAAGGUGGAAUGGAAAGCAGCGGAUGGAUUGCAUCAAGUAAAAGACAUGUAUCAAACACAGGCAGGCCGAGAGGUGACGGAGUAUGUCACGCAAAAGACGAUUGAGAUGGUGACAAGAGCCCAAUCACCCUCACUGGACCGCCAGGAUGCCAUGGUUGGCUUGACAGAAAUGUUCCAUGAAUUCGCCAAGGUCUUUCACCAAUUGCGAGCGUUCUUCAUAUACCACAGCCUGAUGCAUACACUCUAG